GACAAUAUAUUAUCUUUCAGUGUGUGAGUGCGUGCGAUCCCCAUAUUAGUUGGUACAUCGGAUUAAAAAGUGUUGGUGUCUGUCAGUUGUUUUGAUUUUCUGAACUGGUCGAGUCUGAGAUUAUCAUUCUCGACGCCUCCGAUUCAACGGUUUGAAGUUACUCUUAUAAGGAGAACACUGGGUCACUGAAACGAGUAUAGGACCAUGGCUCACCGGCACCAUAACUUCGACGUGGUCGACGUCGAUAAUGACGAUAGGCCCAACAGGAACAAAUGCUACGGGUGUUUGAAACAAAACACACUCACUAUAGCCACAGUGACAGGAGUGAUUCUGGGAGCAAUCGUUGGAAUCGUACUUAGAUCGUCAAAAGACAAUUGGACGGAUCGAGAGAUUAUGUACAUAGGCUACGUCGGGGACGUAUUCCUGCGGAUGCUCAAAUCCCUGAUUUUGCCUUUAAUAAUAUCUUCUUUGGUGUCCGCCAUUGCUAGCUUAGAUUUAUCGUUAUCGAGUAAGAUUGCUGCGAGAGCCAUAGCCUACUAUCUGACAACGACUUUUGCCGCUGUUGUCUUGGGAAUGAUAGUGGUUGUUACUAUCAGACCUGGGGUAGGACACGAAGAAGAUAACAGCAUGAAAUCGGAGGUCGCAGCACGAAAUGUCCUUACGAGUGAUACCCUUUUGGAUUUGGUCAGAAAUAUGUUUCCCCCGAAUAUUGUUGAAGCUUGUAUCUUUCAGGUAAAUACACGAUUUUCAGAUCUAACCAAGUUCCAAAUCGACAAGGAGACAAUCCAAAACACGAAUAUCUUAGGUCUGGUAGUCGUAGCGGCUGCACUAGGCAUAGCUAUUGCCCAGCUGGGAGAAGAAGCCCGUACUAUGGCGAAUUUUUUCCACAACCUUAUGGCGGUCAGCAUGAAGAUCACCUCGUGGGUGAUUUUCUUAUCGCCUGUCGGUAUUUUCUUCUUAGUAGCUUCCGAAGUAUUACAGAUGGACGAUAUCGGUAAAGUGAUGGCAUCUUUAGGAUGGUAUUUUUUUACUGUGUGCUUGGGUCUUGCGAUUCAAGGCUUCGUGAUACUGCCAAUCCUCUAUUUCCUUCUGACCCGAAAAAAUCCCGUGAGGUUCAUCCAGAACAUGGGGGUGGCGAUUGUAACGGCCUUUGGAACUGCUUCGAGUUCCGCAACGUUGCCGGUAACAAUUCGAUGUUUGGAAGAAAACAAUGGGGUUGAUCGUAGAGUGGCCCGUUUUGCUCUGCCCAUAGGAUCCACCAUCAACAUGGAUGGUACGGCUCUGUAUGAAGCCGUCGCAGCUAUUUUCAUUGCCCAAGUUAGACAAGUACCCAUGGAUUUUGGUACAUUGGUAGCUAUCAGUGUAACCGCUACAGCAGCAAGCAUUGGAGCGGCUGGAAUUCCCCAGGCCGGGUUGGUAACAAUGGUUAUGGUCCUGGACACUGUCGGAUUACCUGCUGAGUCUGUCAGUCUGAUUUUAGCAGUCGAUUGGUUACUAGACCGAUUCCGGACCGCCAUUAAUGUCAUGGGAGAUGCUUUUGGAGCUGGCAUAGUCUACCAUAGAAGUUUGAAAGAAUUAGGUCUUUUGAAAACCUCUGAUGAUUCGAAUCGAGUUGAAAAGUUAGAUGGCAACAGACCUCCAGAUUAUCCAGGAGAGAACGAAAAUCUAACAGCUGAAACCUCUCACUGAUACACGGAAACUGCUGCCAUCCAUGUCGACUGCACGAUUAAACUUGUUUCAUUUUUUUUUCAAAAUUCCAGAAUGUAUGAAAAUGAUAAAAAAUAUACCGACAUUACUUUUUCGAAUUCCUUGAUUUUCACAAAAUGAAUACAUUUCAUUAUAUCAUUGUUUAUAUUAAUUUAGCAAUAAAAAACGUCAGAUUAUU